ACAGGCGGCGAGGGGACCCGCCGCCUCUCCGCCCGCCCAGCCGGCCCCGGCCCCGGGAGCCGCCGCCGGAGGGCAGGGAAGGCAGCGGCCGGAGGAGGGAGCGGGCGGAGCGCGGCCGGGGCCGGGGCAAGGGCGGCCGCCUCGGGAUGGUGCUCCUGCCCCUCUGGGUAGUGGCAGCCGCGCUCCUGGGGGCCCGCGCUGCGCCCGGCAGGCAGGCUGGUAAAGARCAGCAGAUCCAAAUAGAAUUCCGAAAGAGCCGGCCCAGGCCCUAUGGGCUGGUGAUUCCCAUCAGCACCAACGCCGAUGGAAGCUACAGCUCCACCAUCCUGUCAGCGAGUCACCCGAGACGCUCCCCACGGGAGCUGUCCCACAGCCCCAAACUGCUGUACUUCAACGUCACCGCCUUCGGGAGGGACUUCCACCUCCGCCUGACACCCAACACCCGCCUGGUGGCCCCCGGCGCCGUGGUGGAGUGGCACGAGGAGCCCACGGAGCCCGGGAGCCAUGCUGGGAAUGUCACUGGGACAUUGUGGAGGAGAGAGCCCCUGUGGAGCAACUGUGCCUACGUGGGGGACAUCAGCGACAUCCCCGGAGCGGCCGUGGCCAUCAGCAACUGUGAUGGGCUGGUAAGGCUGCUCCGUGGU